UAAGCUACGAAACCGCUUUAUUUGAGAUUCACGUUGCGGAUAUGGGUGUGUCGUUCCUGUAUCGUUCCAAAACCCAACGGUUCUUUAAAUGCUGUGUUUAUGCACUAGGGUACAUUUUAUUGUUCAUAACACUCUUUUUGUUCUUAGUGCUUCUGCCUUCUUGGUUGGAGGUCGAUGGGCCCUUGCUGACACCAGCAUUGUGGGCCUAAGUAAUAAAUGCUUCUCCGUUUCCUGCGCUAGCGUACCAUUUGUUACCAAGUUUCCUGAAAUAAAUCUAAAUAACUGGAUGUGCUUGCCUGUUUCUGCAGUCGACGAGUUACAGUCAGGUGAUGAAUGUUAUCGCUCAAAAAUGGAAGUGUUGUGCAUGGAACUCCAAGGUCGCUUGUGUAAGGAAGUUGAAAAGAUUGAUGGGAAAGCCAAAUUCAAAGUGGACAAAUGGGAACGUCGUGCUGGUGGUGGCGGAAUUUCAUGUGUUCUAGAGAAUGGUGAUGUUUUUGAAAAGGCUGGUGUAAACAUCAGUGUGAUAAGUGGGGACCUUAGCGCUCAAGCUGUGAAAGAAAUGCGUGCAAGACAUAAUGAAAUUGAUCCUAAUAAAGAGUGCAAAUUUUUCGCUUGUGGUAUCAGUUCAGUUAUUCAUCCACUUAAUCCAUAUGUCCCUACAACACACUUUAAUUUUCGUUACUUCGAAGUUGAUUUGGGUAACAAUCGUAAAUGUUGGUGGUAUGGCGGCGGAGCAGAUUUAACUCCAUACUACUUAUUUAAUGAAGAUGCUAAACACUUUCAUGAGCAAUUAAAAUUGGCUUGUGAUCAACAUAACGAAUCUUUUUAUCCACGUUUUAAAAAAUGGUGUGAUGAUUAUUUCUAUCUGACACAUCGAGGUGAGACACGUGGUGUUGGUGGAAUAUUUUUCGACGAUUUAGAUGGUACCUCACAAGAAAAAGUAUUCAGUUUUGUAAAAUCGUCAAUCGAGACAGACGUUCAGAGAAACCAAGCGAAAAAGCGAAGCGAAACAAAAUGACGCUCAUUGGAGAAAGCUCACUCAAUAAUUUUGACGUUUGAUUAUAUUUCCUUGAAAAAGCUUAGACCAGAUUGCCAGGCGAAACGUUUGAUUUCAAAUUAAUUGUCUGAGAUUUUACAAAUACCCUCUUCCUCUUUAAUGUCUCACAUCAACUCGGCGCCCAAAUACCGUGAAAUUAUUCGAUGAAAUUUAGACGCAAGUUCUUAAAAUUCUUUCACACGUUAUCUUUUAUAUUGAGUUCCCAAGAAUCCAAGGGGUUAUUUUAUAAUGGCGUACAACGUUACAAUAUGACUCAGUCUCCCUACGGUAAGGCGAUUUUUUCUUAUGGACUCACCAAAGUAACCUAUGAGGUCAUCAUCACAGAUUAACCCAUUUUUAGGAAACUACUUGCAACCUCAUCACUUCUCAUGUUUCUGGGUCUGUGAACAACGAAAGUGUCUAUAGGUUAAUGUGAUUUCAUCAGUUAAUAGCUUUAAGAGGAGGAGCCUAUUACAGAGGAUCUUGUUUAUAGCAACUCUUAGGUCAUAACAUUUGAUAAUUCUGGAUAAAUAUAUUUUAUUAAUCGCAUAGUAACAAAAGUCACUGUCUUCAAUGCAUGUCAUAUCUUCAAUUCUCAUUGCAACAGAUAUGCUAGUGUUUAUUUCUAGUAACCAUUAAUUUUUCUACUUGACCGGGGGUUCGCGGUCGAUUUGUAAUCUUAUUCCUGUUAUUUGGACAGUUUUUACGAACUUCCUAUAACUCCAGACCAUAUAUACACUCAAAGAAAAGUGAAAAAAGCGUAUGAGCUUCACUUCAUGUUUAGUUCAUGUAUGGAGAAUCGACUGUAUUUAUAAAGUUGAACGUGGCCUUGAUCUUCUAGAACUUUCUGGAAACAUACUAAAUAUAGUAACGAUGUACUCAAUCAUCUAAUCAAAAUUGUGAUAGAUGAUUUUUCGUUUUCUAGAUAUUUCGGAGAUACUUCUUUUCAACACUAGCUGGAUAAAAUGCUUCAAGAUGUUUUAUAGGUUGUUGAAGUAUUUGAUGAAGGAUAUUUUAGGGAAUCCUCAACACUGUUAAAGUAAUUGCCGACUGUUUUAGUGACUAAAAUUGUUUAAAGAGAUUUUCAUAUUAAGUUAUGCAAUACAUACUUACGCCUGUUACUCCCAGUGGAGAAUAGGCCGCCGUUCAGCAUUCUUCAACCCACACUGUCCUGAGCCUUCUUUUCUAGUUCUAUCCAAUUGUUGUUCAUUUUUCUCAUAUCUGUCUUCAUUUCUCGGCGUAAUGUGUUUUUUGGUCUUCCUCUUCUCCUUUGACCCUGAGGAUUCCAUGUUGAGGGCUUGCCUUGUGACACAGUUACGUGCUUUCCUCAAUGCAAUAUGUGUCCUCUUUAAAAAAGGCGCUAACUAGAAAAACUAAUUCGAAUUAUACAAUAAACUAAUUGUAAAUAAAACACUAUUUCUCCAUGCCUUUUGAUUUUAUUAUUUCUAGUCGUGUGCUGAAGCAAUCAUUCC